CCUCUCUCUUUCUCUCUCUCUCACCUGCGCUUCGCUGUAAUUUACUCGAGAAAUUUCUUGGGUUGCCCUGCCCCUUUACAAAAAAGACGUUCGGCGUCCUAAACCUUCGGGAUCUCUUUAUUCUCUUUGUCUGUCUCCUUAUUUGAAACCCUUAACACCAAAUUUCACAUGCUCUUGCCGACACAGUUUUGCUCUCUCUAUCUCAAUUAACCCUUUACCCUCUUGCCACCUACUAUGUUUCACCAAGUGUCAUCCAUACCCACUCUUAUUUAGUUGAUUCGUUUCUUCUCAAUCAAUCUAAUUGCCUUCUUGUGCCUCAGUUGUCUCUAGUCUAUAUUGGAGACAAUGUCACAAUGCUAUUCAAUUGAGCUCUACUUCGAUCCUGCGCUUGAAAACCAGGUUUUGAAGGCCUGGAAUGUAUUGGCUCGUCGACAGAUUAGUACUCAGCUUAUUGAAAUUGAGUCUAGACCUCACAUUACCCUCUUUUCUAGCCCUUUCAUCGACCCAUCAAAGCUUGAAAACAUUGUAAAAUGUAUUGCUUCAAAGCAAGAACCUUUGCACUUGUCUUUCUCUUCAAUUGGAAGCCUUCCAAAUGGCAAGAAUGUCCUAUUUCUUGCCCCAACUCCUUCUUUGUCUCUCCUUCGAUUCCAUUUACAGCUGUGUGAUGCAAUGAAGAAGGAAGGCAUUGAAAUUGGGGAGGAGUUUCGAAUGGAUUCAUGGAUCCCUUAUUGUCCGGUUGCUGAAGAAGUGCCCAAGACUCGGAUGGCUGAGGCGUUUACUGUUUUACGGGACUUGAAGUUGCCAGUUACUGGGUAUGUCAUGGAUAUCGGGUUGGUCGAGUAUUCACCUGUCCGUGAACUCUUCUCUUUUGUGCUCGUUUCCUCCUGCAAGAUUUUGGUUGUUAUGGUAUCUGCUAUUUUUGAACCAUCUGUUAUCAAUCUUGUCAAGGUGCAAGUUGGAAGAGCCAGAAGAACUGUUGAUUAUUAUCUCGUGCUUUCAGAGUUAAAUGUAGGGAAGUUUUAUUCCGCAUGA